AUGAUGAGACAAGCAACUUUUUCAUCAGAUGAAGAUGCAUCACAAUAUCUUGCUGAUUAUAUAAUUAAAAAAAUUAAUACAUUUAAUCCCACAUCAUCAAAACCAUUUAUAUUAGGUUUACCAACAGGUUCAUCACCAGAAGGAAUAUACAAGAGAUUAAUUGAAGCCAAUAAAAAGGGUUUAAUUACUUUUAAAAAUGUUAUAACUUUUAAUAUGGAUGAAUACUUAAAUUUAUCACCAACAAAUCCACAAUCUUAUCAUUAUUUUAUGUAUGAUAAAUUUUUUAAUCAUAUAGAUAUUCCAAAAGAAAAUAUAAAUAUUUUAAAUGGAUUAACUUCAAAUAUAGAAAAGGAAUGUGAAAACUAUGAAUUAAAAAUUAAAAAAUAUGGUAAAAUAAAUUUAUUUUUAGGUGGAUUAGGACCAGAAGGUCAUUUAGCAUUUAAUGAAAGUGGAUCAACAAGAAAUUCAAAAACAAGAAAAGUAGAAUUAGUUGAUUCAACAAUAAAAGCAAAUUCAAGAUUUUUUGAAAAUGAUCUCAAGAAGGUUCCUCGUUUUGCUUUAAGUGUUGGUAUAUCAACAAUUUUAGAUAAUUCUGAAGAAAUUGCAAUUAUUGUAUUGGGAGAAAAUAAAAAAUUUGCUUUAGAUAAAACUAUAAAUGGUAAACCAAAUGAUCCAAAAUUUCCUUCAAGUUAUUUACAAGAUCAUUCAAAUGUUUUAAUUGUUUGUGAUAAUGCAGCUGCUGGAUUAAAAUCAAAAUUAUAA